UUAGUGAGUGCGGCCGUAACAGAUCACUGUUUUACUCUCCUCCCCAGGCUGAAGAUGGGGUGCUGCUUUAGUAAGGAGCCCCGCCCAGAGCAGAGGACUGACAGCUGCGUCCUGUUCCUGCCAACCGAACAGGACAUGAGAAACGCUGCGGGCAUGGCCCAGCACAGAUCCUCCUUCAGACUAAAAAACAACAAACAGGCUGGAAUCUUCCAGAGAAACAACCCUGCAGACCAUCUCGGGAAGGACCCAGAUUCUUUGCAUGUAGAGCAGAGUUUUGGAAACCUCUGUUCUGAUUGGACAGUGAGCUGUGAAGGUUUUAUCCAUCAUCCACCCAAUCAACCUCCACCUGCAGACGAUGAGCAUCCUGGUUCUCCAUCCUUCCUCGCUCACUCUGCUCAUCUUACGUUGGGAACAACCGGAUCCACAAGGAGAGAAACCCACCUGAGAGCGAAGCAGAGGAGAUAUCAGCUCAUGUUUUCACUACUGAUGAUCAGAAGUUUGUUGAAGGAGAAGAGAAGAGAUCUCAUCCAUUCUAACUUCACCCCUGCUGGUUCAUCUGACUUCAUGAUCCCUCAUUCAUUAUCAGACAGGAUCAACCUGGAGGAAGUGAACGAGGGGAGGAUGCAGACCCAGGGUUUACCUUUUGAUUCCUCCCAACACCCCAGUGUCCACAAUGUCAUCAGUUACCAUGACUGGGUGAUUAAUGGUGCUGGCUGUCAGCCGAGCCACAUCUCGGUCCCUGUGGACCCAGAUCAGAUCGAUGUCUACGCCUCUACUCCGUCUUAUGAGAUUCACUUCCAUGAUCCGGAGCCUCCUGCUGCUGAGGAAGAGGAGGAGGAAGAGAAGGAAUGGGGAAUCAGGGACAUGGUGUCAGAGCUGCUAGGAGACCCCGCAGAUUCUUCCGUCUGCCGUCUGUACCCCCACCCCUGGAUCAGGCUGGGUCUGGAGGAGGACCCCCGUGAUCUGGCCCAGGGGGUGUCUGAGGCCGAGGGGAUAAAAGGCAGCGAUGAGGAGCAGAUCCCAGCCUCAGUGUCAGAGCUGCAGCCCUCCAUGGCUCUGCUGGGGGCCUACCCCUACAGCACCAUGAUGCCCCAGGGCUGUGUGUGGGACUGGCACACAGACUGCUCCCACCUUGAAGCUGCUGCUGCCCCUUGUCUUAACCUUGAAGAGGAGGUCUGGAUGGAUCCCAGCCUCAGCUUCCACGUCUCUGACCCGUCCUUCCAGCCCCCCGACGACCUGAGCCUUCAAGAGUUUGAAGGGAACGUGGUUCUGGGUAAAGAUGAUGCUGAAUAUCAGGAACAAUCGUCUAAAGCUCCCCUGGUUAACGAAGAACUCCCUGAGCCUCUGGUUACCGAUGAGAUCAGAGAACAACUGAGCAACAUUUUGGAGUCCUGUCUAACCAGGGAUUUUUUGAGCAGCGACCUUUACCUGAAGUCUCAGAUGGAUAACGACCACUACAUCCCCAUCUCCAUUCUGGCCACCCUGGAUAGGAUCAAGAACGUCACCACUGACCUGGAGCUGAUCUGUGAUAUCCUCAAAUCCAUUCCUCUGGCAGAGGUGACUCCCUGUGGGCAGAAGGUUCGGCCCAGACAGAACCGCUGCAUUGUGAUCCUGCGUGAGAUUCCUGACACCACACCUCCAGAGGAGGUGGAGGCUCUGUUUGAAGGCGAAGACGUGCCAAAGGUCCUGAGCUGUGAGGCCGUGAAUAACAACUGGUUCCUCACAUUUAAAUCAGAAGCUGAUGCUGAACAGGCCUACAGGUACCUCAGAGAGGAAGUCUGCGUCUUCCAGGGGAAGCCCAUCAUGGCCAGGAUAAAGACCAAAACCAUACCCAUCGCCUCCCACGUUCCUAAAAACGUAUCAAUGCCCGUUCGGCUGGAGCCGUGCAGCAAACAUUACUGGUCCUACUUUCCAUCAACAAUGUUCGACCCAUCCUGCCUUCAGCAGGCCUCCACACAGACUACGCUUGAGCCAACCCACCAGGAAUUGACCGGCGCUACAGCUGGAUACCAGGAGAUCACUGAGUUAGCGAUGAAUGGAUUUCCAGACCCUCCUACAUGCAGAAUGCAAACAGAACAAAAGCAAAGGAGAGGCUCCAGGUGUCUGAAAGAUGGACAUGAUGAGCCUUCACAACCCUCAGAGCAGCCGUCUGAAGGUUACGAUCCCUCUCCCUUCCAGAAGAAGGGACAUGGUUGGCAGAGAGGGAGGCUGCGUCAACAGAACCAGGGGAGGCGAUCAGAACCCAACAAACAGGUUCUAACGACUUUUUCUGACCAGGGAAGUUGCAGGAGGAGAGGAACCUUCAGCCAGAGGAGGAGAGAGAUGCCAAAGUCCUGGGAAAUAACCAAACAAGCCUCUGAGCCGUCUCCUCCUCACGAGGCACCUCCUCUUCCUCCUGAGCUCAACCUGUCCAGCUUCCCUCUUCUUUCUACUACAAACGUUGCCACGGCUGCCCUAUUAAAGCCACUCCUGCCUGAGACAACCUUUAUGGAUCCGAUCACCUCAUCAUCAUCAUCAUCAUCACCACUUCCUCCUCCUUCAGUGUCUGAGGAGGGCGAUUCAAAGAUGACCUUCAAGGAGGAACCAGUUCAGCUCCCAGCAGAACCAGCUACGAAGCUGAAGAAACCCAGCUAUGCUGAGAUCUGCAAGAAUGCUGCGACCAAUUAUGCAGCGCCGCCUGCUGACUCCGCCCCCCAAGCAGAGAACCAGCACCCUCUGUCUCCGAUGGAUUGA